AAUAAUUUUAUUAAUAUGGCGUCGUGCAUCCCAGUUAUGUUUGACAUGCAAAAUCUCAAACACCCAUUAUAAAUACUUUUAGAAAGUCCUCUACACUUACCCCAUUGAUAAAACUUCAAUUAGCAGGGCUCUCCUUAAGAAAAUGGACAAGAAAAUAAUGCUACUCUUUUUAUGUUGUAUUUAUCAUCAACAUACAAUUGUCUCAAGUGCACUUCAAGUUGGUUUUUACGGCAAUAAAUGUCGUGGAGCAGAAUCUAUUGUUCAACAAGAAGUGCAGCGUUGGUUCUCCACUGAUCGUUCCAUCACAGCGGCCUUGCUUCGGAUGUAUUUUCAUGACUGCUUUGUGAGGGGUUGUGAUGCAUCAAUACUCAUAGAUUCCAAGAACACUCAAAUUAAGCAAUCUGAGAAAGAUGCCGGACCAAACCAAUCGGUAAGAGGAUACGAGCUUAUUGAUCGUAUUAAGAGCCGACUAGAGGCGACGUGCCCAAUGACAGUCUCAUGUGCGGAUAUCAUAGCAUUAGCCACUCGGGAUUCGGUGGCAUUAGGUGGAGGACCUAAGUAUAGCAUCUCAACUGGAAGGCGAGAUGGGUUAGUGUCGAAUCCAGCAGAUGUGAACUUGCCAGGCCCUAGUUUAACUGUUCAAGAAGCAUUAAAAUUUUUCACAAACAAAAAGUUUAGCCUCAAUGACAUGGUGACUCUUUUGGGUGCCCACACAGUUGGAAAUACGCAUUGUAGUUUGUUUCAAGAUCGGUUAUCCAGGUUUGACGGAAGUAUGGAUCGUAACUUGUUUGCUAAACUUAGUAGGACUUGUGCUGCAAGGGGCGAUCCUUCAGUUUCCUUGGACCAAAGCACUUCAUUUAUUGUUGACAACGAAUUUUUCAAACAAACGAGGUUGAAGAAAGGCAUCUUGAAGAUUGAUCAAGAACUUGCAUCGGAUAGGUCAACUGCAGGGAUUGUUGCUAAUUUUUCUGUCAAUCCAAAAGCCUUUGAACAGGCUUUUGCAAAUGCAUUGAUCAAGUUAGGUAACACAGAAGUUGUUGAGGGAAGAUUAGGAGAAAUCAGGAAAAACUGUAGGGCCUUCAACCCUUCUCAGCAGAAACGUCAACCCCUUCCCCCACGCAAGAGCUUUCCCCCAAGAAAACCAAAGAGACCUCCACCUCGCAAUGUCUCUCCACGACCUACGUUUUCGAUUCCUUUCCUUGAACCUUAAUAAAUCUCUCAGAUUCUUCCGUACCGUCAAUAAUAAGUUACACCGGCAGGAUUAUAAUCCACUUAAAUUGUUGCAAGCAUGUUUGUUAAUUUCGUUUCAUCCAAAUUUCUAUAUAUCUUCCUUCUUCAUUUGAUAUAUUUCUUAUUGGUUGAAAUUAUUGUUAUAGUUGAUUUCAUGGUUUGCUCAGUAAAAGAAACCAUGUAUUUUUUUACUCUCAAGUGUUCUCUAUUGUAACAGUUGAAAUUCAUCCAACAUCGUAGAAAUGGCAUGGUGUAGCCACUAUUUAAGGUGGUAUUUAUUUUUUAUCCA